AUGCUCUCAUGGUUCACCGAUCAUCUGUUGAAAACCAAAUCUUCGUUUUCUUUCGUCAUCCUUGUCCUUCUCAUCGCCAAUCAGCUUCACGCUAUUCAUUCGGCUACAAUUCCCUAUGGCCGUGGUCGAUUGCUCGACAACCUGUCGAAUUCCACUAAUCUACAAAGUUUCUAUAACGUCUCCUCAGCUUCGACCCGACCCUCCCAUCGAUAUCUCUCCUCGCAUCAUACCUCGACGGGUAUACCACAAAAGGACACGGACUCCGUUUUACUCGACGAAUGUAUGAGCCGGCCUCUAAGCCCCAAGCUAUGGAUGGAAAUGGGCAUGAACGAAUUCUUACGUGACUACAGGAAUGGCGAGAAUCUAAAUCUACUGCAGUUAGCCAAUCAAGUAAACCUGACCAAUUUUGACUGCGGAAUAGAGAAAUUGUGCUAUGCGGAUCAGCUUUGUCAGCCCGUCAGAGGCAAAGAGUGGUAUAUCUUGGUCGCAGCACAAGAGUGGAAUACAUUCAUGAAUGCCGCUUACCAGUCUAUUGGCUGGGCUAUGACUAUGAUGCAAGGGGUUGCACCUUCACUGGUUCACGAUUUCUACCCAGACUUACCAGAUACCUGGGCAAUCAUCAAGGCCAUUUUGACCUUCGCAUCAGCUUUGGCCAAAGUCAUCCCUACAGAGGGGCUUCUUACUUACCCGAAAUGGUGUUAUCAGUUGGUGCAAGGAGAAUUUGGUCUGUAUGCUGGGGUCUCUAACCUCAUGGAUGAUAUAAUUAUGAAGAACCCCGUGAAUCAACACGACAAGUGGACCGCAUUUUCUUAUGCUUUAUCUAAGAGUCAAGACCGGGCUCAGAUGGCAAUUGCCAACCUUUCUCAAUCUAUAAUUGAAGCUGGAAUUAGCACUGAAAACGGGAUAUACGGCGUUUUGAAAGACGGUAAUUUCCUGAUGGGACGUUCCAAGACUCAUAAAAAAACGCACGAAAAAUUGGACAAUAUUGCUGGUGACAAGGAAUCCGAAUUGAAGGUUGCAGUUCAGUUACACCUUUUGGCAGCGAUUUGGGAGCAACAGAACUACUUUAUCACCCGAGGAAGUGAUCCAUGUACCGGAUCUGGUCCCAAUGGUGCAUGGGGAGGAGAUAAGGUGCUUUCUUAUUGUGGACCGGACAACGUAAUGAUGAACAUCAUACAAGCCAAAGGAAAACAUGCCAUAAAUAAAGUUCAUAAUGCCAAAUUGGUAACAGUAAAGUACAACUUUAGCGUAAAAUCCUUGACCGAAGCUGCAUGGAAUUGCCAGAAACAGAGCGGUAAAUUUGAAUUUGACGUUUGGAAUUCAACUGAUCCGGUAAAAUUUGACGAUCAGUGCAGUUUUAACUUGCCUGUAUGCGAUCUAACACGGCCUGAUAUUAGAGAAUAUCGAGACAGCGGCGCAGGUACGGUUGCAGCUUGUAGAAUCAUCGGCGGAUUACCCAUCUAG